GGAAAGACCUUAUAAUGAUAUUUUAGUGUUUAAAUGGUAUUAUUAAAACCUUUUUGAUACUUAAUCCUCUACUAGCAUUUUUUUUCUGGAUCCUCUCCUGCUGAUAAUGUUAACAAAGGUGACGAAUGAUCUUGACGAUUAUACUGAUGAUGAGGAUGUUGGCGACGAUGACAAAGAUUAUUUGGGUAUUAAAACGCCAACCAAAAAUAUAAAUAUUUAAAUAACAAUAUUUAUAAUCAGUCACCAAAAAAGUUGCAAUGAAAUAUGUAGCAUUGUUUAAAGUCAAUUAACUCUGUACAAAAUACUAUGAAUUUAAGUGAGAGGCGUUUAACAAAUAUAGCGCCUACAUGGGUGUAUCCAGGAUUUUUUUUGUGGGGGGGGGGGUCGUGAUCAUUAAAAAAAAGUGUUUAUAAUCAAUUUCUUAAUAAAAUUACUUUGCUUAUAUUUUUCAACAGUUAAAAUAAAUUGAAAAGUAAGCUCUGUUUCUUUAUCUUGGGAAAAAUGCUUCGGUCACAUGGAUCGAGUCUAACAAUAAUUCGCAUACAACAUUCAUGCCAUUUCAACAAUUAUUUAAUUCGGAAAUAAUUAAACAUUUGUUUUUACUUUAUUUGUUUUUGUCUUCUAUAGACAUUGGUUACAAGCGCAGUAGAGGUUCUUCUGAAACAGAAGAUGAGGAGUUAAAUGUGCUUAAAGUUAUUGUCUCACAGUGGUAUGACAGCCAUGUAUGUCUUAGUAUGCUGAAAGUGUUGUUCAGCGAUAUGAUGGAUUUUCUAAAAUUAUCAGACACAACCAAUACGAUGGAAUUGCUGAAUACAUUAUAUGCUCAAGGUCAACUGAAUCUUGGACUCAUCUGUGAUACUAUUGCAGUAACUAAACAGUUUGGUCUUCAACGGGAGAUUAAAAAAAGACUGCCAUCAUUCCCGGAAGUUCAGGAAGGAUCCAUUUCAAAAGCAUUUACAUCCCACAGACAAAAGCUAAUGAAAUUUGGUAUGCAACUGACCAUAAACAAUGUGAGGCAGCUUGAUGCAUUAUAUAAUGUCCCUGCUAAGAGGUAUACCGACAGCUGGAGUAUGAUCAGUGAUCUAGAAAACAGAGAGAUAAUCAGUGAAAGAUAUAUGGAGCCUUUCAUUGAUUCCUUGAAAUUCUCACUGAAUCUCACUGAGGCUUGUGAAGUACUAACAGAAGACAUUGGUUACAAGCACAGUAGAGGUUCUUCUGAAACAAAAGGUUUUAAUAGACAGUUUGAAUAG